ACAGGUCUGAAACUGAGGUGUUCCAGAAUUUCAGAAGCUUGGAUUGUCAUUUUACAUCUGAACCUGGGGGGGGGGCAACAUGGGUUACAGGACUGUGGUGAUGUACACAGAGAUCGCCUGCUUUGUGGUCUGUGUAGCCGGGUGGAUUUUGGUUUGUUCCACUCAGCCCAUUGAGAUCUGGACUUGGUCUGAGGUCAGCUCUAUUGUCCUGACAACGGCGAACUACUUCUCCAACCUGUGGAAAGAUUGCGUUUCUGACUCCACGGGAGUCUCUGACUGCAAGGGAAUCCCAUCAAUGCUGGCACUGAGUUGGGACAUUCAUAUGUGCCGGGCUCUCAUCAUCAUCUCUAUUAUUUUGGCUUUCUUUGGAUCCAUCCUGGUCUUAGUGGGAAUGAAGUGCACUAAGAUUGGGGGCUCAGAGAUUACCAACGCAAAAGUAACCUUUGCUGGAGGGAUGAACUACCUUAUAGGAGGACUGUGUGCAAUGGUGGCGUUCUCAUAUUAUGGAAACAAAAUCAGAUCAGAGUUUGAUAACCCAAACUAUAUGGAACAGAAGUUUGAGAUAGGUGUUGGAGUCUACAUUGGCUGGGGUGGCGCCACCUUACUUCUCACUGGAGGCCUUAUCUACAGCAUCUUAGCAGGGAGAGAAGCCUUCGAAUCGAGGCCAAAGAAGGACCCCAUCACAGAGUACCCUGCUUACACGUUCGUUCCAUCGAGAAAGAGCUACGCAUCAUCGGCUCGCACAGAGAUCACAGGAACUAGGAAGUCAAGGAGCUCCAGCAGAAGCAGAAACAGCAGCAUCUCCAUCAUCUCAAGCACAACAAGGAAGACGGGCAGCAACGCUUAUGUUUGAAUUUUGCCUACAGUUCCAUGGAAAAGUACAGUCCUUGCAGAUUUGAUCUGUUUUUGCUUUUUUUGGUCAGAUAAACAUGUUUCAGAUCAUUCAACACAUACUUUCUCUCAUCACUGUAUAAAUAAUAAUAAAUCAUAAAAUGACUACAAUUUAAACAAGUUAGAUUCAAUCAGUCAAUUACACUAAUUUUGAAGCAAAUUUGUUUGUUUUGCUUAGGAUAUUUGUUAACAUUGCUGAUUGAUUACAUUUGCUGAAGUAAAUAGUUUUUGUCUUU